AUGGGAACUGAAGAUAAAACACUGUUUUGUUUCUGUCACUUGGGCUGGAAUACUAAGGUGCUUCCAGAUGGGUCCACUUCAUAUGUGGGAGGUAUUACCUGUCAGGUUAUUGUGAAGACAGGCACAAAGUAUCAUGAUCUUGUGAAUGCAGUUUUCGAGCGACUGUGCAUUGAUCCUUCAAAUAUCAUCUUGCAUUUUACUGUGAAGCUCGAUACGUCUCAACUGAUAGAGCUGAGAGACCAAGAAGAUGUCAAUACUCUGUUGCAAUUUAAUGAUAGUUUUGCUCAUGUUUAUGCAUCGAGUUUGGAGGUGAAGCCUUAUUCUAUGCCGCCAUCUGGUGGCGCGAAAGAAAUUGAUUUUUUUGUUGUAUCUGAUUCAAAACCAGAUGCAACUCCUGCAGGUGAUGAUGAGAAUGUUUUGGGAAGCCCUCUGAAGAAGGCACGGUUCCAGUCAGCUGGAGACAGUAAACCUCAGCAGAAAGAAGCUGUUGGUGAUGAUGGUCAAAAGCAAGCCAGGAAGGUGCAAAACGACAAUUCGAAGAUUGGGACUGUUAACGAACAGGCUUCUGGACAACCAUCAGGGGCUGCAGCAAAAGUUGAAGACAUAGUUUAUUCUGAUUCAGAAACAGAUGCAACUUCUGAUAGUAAUCCUCCGGAGGAUGAAUAUCUUUAUCCUGAUUUCAGUGAUUUUGAUCAGCUUAGAGCAGAAAAUUGCUUUGCAAAUGACCAGAUAUGGGCUUGCUAUGAUGCGGAUGAUGAAAUGCCGAGGUGCUACGCCCUCAUUAAGAAUGUAUCCCGUCCUGAAUUUAAGAUAAAGCUCAGAUGGCUCGAGCCUAAUCCAGAAUACCCAAGGGAGCAAGCGUGGGUAAGGGGACUCUUGCCUGUUGGCACGGGUAAAUUUAAAUGUGGGAGAGCUGGUUCUAUUGAAUAUACUUCAGUUCUCCGUCUAUUUUCUCAUCAAGUGUCGUAUCUAAAGGGCAGGAAAGGUCCAUACUUGAUAUAUCCUAGGAAAGGUGAAAUAUGGGCCCUCUUCAAAGAUUGGAAUAUUGAUUGGAUCGACAGUCCAAGCAAUCAUAGGGAAUACAAGUAUGAAGUUGUGGAGAUUCUUUCUGAUUAUGAAUAUGGUGUUGGUUUUCUAGUUGGUUAUUUAGAUAAAGUGAGCGGAUUUGUUAGCCUUUUCCAGUCCACAAAGCCGACUGUAGUUGAUACAUUUUUUAUAAAGCCAAACGAUUACUUCAGGUUCUCUCAUCGGGCUCCCUCUUUCAAAAUGAACGCAACUGAAGGAGAGGGUGUACCAGAAGGAUCAUUUGAACUUGAUAUUUACGCUCUUCCCAUCAAUCUUGAUGAUAUUUGGUACCCUGGGAAAGUCGAGGAAGACAGCAGCACUGCAGAUUCUGAACCUGUAGAAAACUUUUGGUCUGCUGUUCCCCCUGGAACUAGAGAUGUGUCCAGGACACCCGAUGAUGCAACGACACCACUGGGGUCUGGGAACUUGAGAGGCAUCCAUGCUUACCGAUGA